GGCGCCCGGGGGUGGUGGGGGCAGGCAACCGAGGAAGGCGCAUGGGAGGGAGGCACCAUGAGUUCAGCCGAGAUUAAGAAGCCACCGGUGGCCCCAAAACCAAAAUUUGUGGUAGCACACAAAGUAGUGCCACCUCCUGUGGCACCUAAACCAGAUGUUGUUCUUGCAGAUAUUUUACAACCCACAAAGAAAACAAAACCAGCAAUAGCACCAAAACCAAAGGUUCCCAAGUGCUCAUCUGUUCCUGAGGUUAAAAGUGCACCACCAUCUUUAAGUAAAAGUUCUAAGAGUUUAGAAGAACGUGAAGGAGACACAUCUGAGUACUUGGUUCAUAUGAAUUACACAAAUGCAGCCCCAAGAGACAAUACUGCUUAUAUCAUAUCGGUGUGUUCAUGCAAUUUUGAAUGCAUUCAUAAAUUUGGGAGUGGAGAGAACACAUGCAAAAACUCAAGCAUAUUUGAACAGUUAGAAAACCUAGAGAAUAUUGAUAUAGGUGAACAGCCAUCAUCAUCACUGAAACCUAGGAUGAUACUUGAUAACCAUAACGAAAAAAAUAUGAAUAAAAAUAGGGUCAUCUUGAAGGCUAGUAUUUUGGAGGAAAAACUCAAAGAUGUUCUAACACAAAGUGUUUUUCCAAGUAACAGCUGUUUGAGGCAGAAGCCUUUGAGUAAAGUUGAAAAAGAUAACAGUAGUAGUUCUAACAGUGACAUCAAAAUAGAAUUUACAGACCUUCUGCCUUCAUCCAAUUUUGAAGAAGUUAUGGACAACCCAGACAAACAUGUGAAGAUAGCUGGUGUUAAGUCUGAAAUGCCAGAAGCUCCUCUUUUGACUGAAAACAUUGACAGUUGCUUCUGCUUACUUGACCCAGCAGCUUUGGAAAAAGUGGAUACUGGUGAUUUGUAUACAGGCACCAAAACAAAAGGGGGCGGUGAACCUUUGUCUUCAUUGGAUAUAGGCACUACUCCAUUAAAUAAAUGUCUCCCAAUUCCCAAACCAAGAAAGUUACGCGCUCCUUGUCUAGUCCGCCAAGAUGGCAUAGAUAUGCCAGGAGAAGGAAUGAAAGAGCUAGUAGCUUCAGACUGUGGUUCUGCUGGGUUUUCUGAGUGUGUUGUUAAAAAAACUGCAAAAGUUAAUGUUCUUGUUCAAAGUGUUUCCUAUAAAAAUGAAGAACAUAUACAGGCAGUUGAUAAAUCUGAGAUUGCUUCAUACGUUGCUGGAAAAAUGCAUCUGUCAGACGAAUCUGCUGAUUCCAAAGAACUGAUUCCACAUCACCUCUUGCCUGAGGUUCCACAUGAAAGCUCUUACCACGCAGAAAGUUCUUUGGUCCUUAACUCAAUAAAUCCUACUGGUAAUAUAAUGGAAGAUACCAGAAUGUUGGCUGCUAAUGACAAAGAGACUGGCUUUAUACGAUGUAGUAAUCUUUCUAUGAGUUUGCCUAAGCAAUUAAAAUUAUCAUGCAAUCAGCAUUUGCCUGCCUUUGAAAGCCUUCAUGAUGCUGCACAAAAGAAGGAGGAUAAAGACACUUCCUUAAAAGGUGAAAAUUCUCCAAGAAUCAUUCCAAAAAAACCUCAACGGCAUAGCAUCCCUGCAGCUGGGCUAUUGAAGAAGGCUGCAUCAGCAGAACUUAUAGAGCAAAGUGCUUACCUUUCUAAUGAAGAGAGACUUUCAGGGGCUCCUUUGGAGGGGCCUCGUACAAGGCAUUUGUCAGCCAAAGAACAAAGUGCAUCGCUAUCCUGUGAUAAUCCAAAGUCUUUUUUGGAGAAACCUGUUUGGAAAUUACCUCAUCCUAUUCUUCCAUUUUCAGGCAACCCAGAAGCCUUAAAGAACACCAAGAAUGCAAAAAACUCUGAACUUCCAAAUGUUGUGACAAAACCUCGAGCCAAGUCCUUGUCUUCAGUAGAUACUAUGCGAAUACACAAGCCGCCAAAAGAGCCCCCAAAGAAAAAUCCACUAAAGAAAUUCUUAAACAUGAAACUGUCAGUUUGCAUAAUGAAAAGUGACUUCCAGAAAUUUUUGACUAAGAGCAGCCAAUCUACAGAUAAUGCCACUGUUACUUUUUCUAGUGCAGAAGGACCUGGCAAAAAUCGAAAUGCAACCAGCAUGAUAAAUGGAAGGGGGAAAAAACCCUCAAAGGCACAUUCAACAGAAAUGGGCAGCCUAUCCUCACAAAAGGAAAAGCAAGGACUCAGGGGUCAAAAUGAAACAAUCAGCCAAAGAUCAAAGUCUUUAGAUGAACAGACCUUCACAUCUCAAGGGCACUUGAACUCUCUCACUCAUGAGUAUGUACCAGAAUAUGAAAAUGUGAGCCAUUAUGAAGAAAUCCCAGAGUAUGAGAACUUGCCUUUUGCAUCCAUUGAUAAAAACCCAUGUUUUGAGUGGCACAAUUCUAGGAGUGUAGAAAACCAUGAUACUAAUGCAUACGAGGUGGAAGAGCUAUAUGAACCUACAGGGAGCUGUUCAGAGUUUUGCAGGUCCUCAGCUGAAGAACUUGAUGGUUCUGAUUUGGUGCUGGAAGAUGUACAUUCGGAUGAUGAGAUGUUGCUGAGAGAUAUGAACAGCUCUGAUGAGGAUGAUGAUAGCAAUUCAGACUCCAGCAAAGGGGAGCUUGAUACACAAGAAAACAAGCAGAUUAAAGCAACAGGGAAGAAAACGAAGGUUUACCAUAUUGCGAAAGAAAUCAUGAGCUCAGAGAAAGUGUUUGUAGAUGUGCUAAAGCUCUUACACAUUGAUUUCCGGGAUUCAGUGGCACAUGCUUCCAGGCAGCUUGGAAAGCCAGUAAUUGAAGACAGGAUCCUGAAUCAGAUCCUGUACUACCUACCUCAGCUGUAUGAGCUUAAUCGGGACCUCUUGAGAGAGCUAGAAGAACGGCUGUCUCAUUGGAUUGACCAUCAGAGAAUUGCCGAUAUAUUUGUGAAAAAGGGACCUUACCUAAAAAUGUAUUCCACUUACAUCAAAGAAUUUGAUAGGAAUGUAGCCCUCCUACAUGAGCAUUGUAAGAAGAACCCUGCAUUUGCUGCUGUCGUUCGAGAUUUUGAGAUGAGUCCUCGCUGUGCGAGCUUGGCCUUGAAGCACUACUUGCUCAAGCCAGUUCAGAGGAUCCCCCAGUACAGGCUGCUCUUGACAGAUUAUUUAAAGAACCUUUUAGAAGAUUCAGCGGACUUCAGAGAUACUCAGGAUGCUCUUGCUGUGGUCAUAGAGGUGGCCAACCAUGCCAAUGACAUUAUGAAACAGGGAGAUAACUUUCAGAAGCUUAUACAGAUACAGUACAGUUUAAAUGGUCACCACGAGAUUGUACAGCCUGGAAGGAUCUUCUUGAAAGAAGGAACAUUGAUGAAACUGUCCAGGAAAGUUAUGCAGCCACGAAUGUUUUUUCUGUUUAAUGAUGCUCUGUUGUAUACAACUCCUGUACAGUCUGGAAUGUAUAAACUCAACAACAUGCUGUCGUUGGCUGGAAUGAAAGUUAGAAAGCCAACACAUGAAGCUUACCAGAAUGAACUGAACAUAGAAAGUGUAGAACGGUCCUUCAUUUUAUCAGCAAGUUCUGCCACAGAAAGAGAUGAAUGGUUAGAAGCUAUCUCCAGGUCAAUUGAAGAGUAUACAAAGAAAAGAAUCACUUUUAACCCUAGUAAAAGUCUGGAAGAGGCAGAUCUAGAGAAAGAGGAAGAAGAUAGUCCCAUAGGGUCAAAGGCUCCAAUCUGGAUUCCUGAUACUAGAGCCACCAUGUGUAUGAUUUGUACUAGCGAGUUCACACUGACAUGGAGAAGACAUCACUGCAGAGCAUGUGGAAAGAUAAUCUGCCAAGCUUGUUCAUCAAAUAAGCAUGCAUUAGACUACAUGAAAAAUCACCCUGCAAGAGUAUGUGAUUAUUGCUUUAAGGAACUACAAAAACAGGAUAAUCCGUGUACUUCUCCUAAAAAUGGGUCUCCAGUCAACCAUAGAUCUCCAUCUAGUGCCUUGUCUACAGUGUUGCAUAGUAUCCCAUCUGGAAGAAAGCAGAAAAAAAUUCCAGCUGCUCUCAAGGAAGUGUCAGCAAGUACAGAAGAUUCUUCAAUGAGUGGCUAUUUAUACAGAUCAAAGGGCAGCAAAAAACCAUGGAAACAUCUGUGGUUUGUGAUAAAAAAUAAGGUGCUAUACACAUAUGCUGCCAGUGAGGAUGUAGCAGCUUUGGAGAGCCAACCUUUAUUGGGAUUUACAGUCGCUGAAGUCAAAGAUGAACACUUAGAAUCUAAAGUUUUCCAUUUGUUGCACAAAAAUACUUUAUUUUACAUAUUCAAAGCAGAUGACACCCAGUCAGCACAAAAGUGGAUAGAAGCUUUUCAAGAAGCCACAAUAUUAUAGCAUGGUUGGUGGUAUUCUUUGUUUAAAGAAAAAAAUGUCCAGUGACAAAGUGAACACUAUAGUUCUGUUUGGUGAAGAGUCGCUGAAUUUUGCAAACAUCAAUCUAAACAAAACUGGUUUGUUCAUCAGAGUUAGGAAACCCUGCCUCUUUUUUUCAGGCAUAAUAAUUUUUAAAGAAAUAUGUAUACUUGUCUUUUUGUCAUACAAAAAGUGUUAUUUAUUAAACUCUGCCACUGUUUUACUUAAUGGUCAGAAUCAUUUCUGAAAUUCACAUUGAAUUCCAAAGUUUCCUUGACCUUAUAUAAUUUUGUUUGUUGAAAAGCUGUAAACAAGCCUUGCUUUUUGGUUUGCUACAGUAUUGUCAUAUGUGCACUUAAAAUAGUCAUAUUUACUUCAGUACAUUUAUGUGUGUUCUCAGUUGGUUUCUAAUGGUGUUAUGGGGGCAUAAAUCUGCCUAUAUUAAUGGAGUAUUUUUGAAGUGAAAUGCAAUACACCAGCAUACACGGACUGUUAAGUUUCUCCUUAGCAUCCUGCAUCAGAAGAGGCCUAGAAUUAGAACCAUAUUCCAGAAACAGGGGAGUAUCUUACCAUGGACCUGUUUUUGAAUUUUUUAAAAGCUGAAAGGAUAAUCAUUCUGCUCUCCCUGUAACAUUACAUCGCAUAUGCUAUCAAAUCAUAAAUUCCAAAGAGAUUUAAAAAUGAAUAUGCAAUGUGCUCUUUCUAAAGUCUGGCAAAAGCUUGUAUUUAGCAUAAGUUUUUUCCCCUAUCUUAUAUAUUUCUAUUGAAGCCAGUAUCAUGUAGAACAUGAUACUUAAUGUCAUGAAAGAAAAUCAACAUUUUUGUACUAUUUUAAUAU